GCAGAUAAAAGUUUUGAAGACGGAGUCAGAGAGAAAGAGGGAAGGGGAAAAGAGACUAAAGAUAGAGCGGAUUGAGUCUAUGUUAAUGGCAAAGGCAGGAGGGGAUUCAUGGAAAAAGAGGAGGAAGCUCUCUGUGUCUCAGGAGUCCUCCUGUUCCUCUUCUGCUCCUUCUUCUUUCUGUGAGGCUGCUGGACAUCAUCCAUCACCAUGUUCUCUGACAGCAGGGCUCCAGCGCCUGGGGAGCAGAAAGGCUUCAAGCCCCACGCCCCUCACUUCAUCCCCUGGCUGCGCAAUAGUCUGAAGCCUCACCACAGCAGUGACCUGGGGCUCAAUGGACCGUACAAAUCCAACUCGGAGGCCCACAACAACCUGACCCCGCUGGAGAAAGCCAAAGGAAUCAGCUUCUUCUCCAUCCAGGGAAAGGACCGGGCGAAGAAGGGGGAGGUUCGCUGCAAUGGUGUGGGGAUGGCGAGGAUGCUGCCAGUGGUGCUGCGGGGGCACCACAUCCUGCCAGGGAGUCUGGGGAAGCAGAGGGAGGACAGCCCUGCCAGGUGGAACCAGUCUCCAGAGCUGGACUCCAGCACACAAAGCAGUGCAGGGGAUGUGCCGCAGGGGCUGAGCAACAGCUCCACAUCUGCCCAGGACAACCACACCUUUGUCAGGAACCACAGCAGCACCCUUCAGUCGCAGAAUGACGGGACAAGCACCUCAGUCAGGAAAUACGGGCCACUAGUGAGACCCCCUCCUGUUCCUGCACUUCUCAUCAAGGAGCCAAACUGUAAGGUGCCUGUUGUGGUGGAGAUGGAGCACAGGAGGGGGAAGGUGUGGGACUACGCCAGCAGUACCACCCACCGCAAGAGAGACCUCCAUUCAUCCAGCUGGGUGAGCUCAGACACUCAGGGACUAAUAGAAAGACAGCAUGCCUUCACCUCCAGCAUCAGCUACAUCAAACAACAGAGCAGGAACUCCCAGAGUCAGAGAGACCUGAGGGAACCACCUGUGGAGGGUUUUAACGGGCCCCUCAAUGGAGUCAUCUUCUCCACAGAGGUUCCUCAGAAAGGCCUGGGCUGCACCACAACUUUACGAGGCCCCAGGAAAACUAGACCAAGCUUGGAGUGUAUUGCGUCCCCGGGCCAGAACCAGACAUGGGUUCAAUACAGGCCGACCAUUGAAGGGGAAUCACAGAGGAAGGAAUCAGGCUGCAGCAGGAAGGUGGUUCGAAACCAGAUUAAACGGGUGGUGAGCAACCUGGAGCAGGUUCUGACAGCACUGAGGGACGUCCACCAGGAAAUGAAAGAGGUGGUGCAGCAGAUUGACUAUUUAACUUCAUCCAUUGAUCUGAAUGCGGAGGACCAGCAGGGGACUGAAAGAGGAGACAGCGCCAACCCUCCCAGCGACAGCAGCUCCAGUUCAGGUUCCAGCUCCAGCGAAGUGACUGUAGGCAGCACCCACCGGAGGCCCUCACAGCCUGAAGACCAGCCAGGAACCACAGACUCAUCUGGCAGCCUUAGGAGAGAUCAUCAUGGCAGGAGCCAGUCUCCACCGAAUGUGCUGCUGGGCCCGCUAACCUCCGGGCUUUCAUCAGAGAGAAGUCGAACUCUCCGGUUCACCAGCAGUCUGGGGUCUUCUCCCAGACAAGGUGGGCCGCUGCAGUGCAACAGUAAUCUCUCUUCAUCUAAUCCCCCUCAAAGCCUCACCUUCCAUGAUGUUACUUUGUCUCCCCAAAGAAGCCUCCCUGUUCGGCCUCCCACUCCUGGUGUCUCCCCUCUAACAGUGAACCUCCAUCACCCUAACAGCCCUGGUUCUCAGCCUCACUCACCUGGGCCCUCCUCCUCCAUCAGGGUCAGCCCGGUCUCCCCUCUGUCUCCAAAGCCUCACCCGCCCCCCACUCUUAGCCCUUCUGUCAUCAUAGAGAAUAAAGUGGGGUCUCAUCAGACCCCACAAAGUGACCACCCAUCUGCUGGUCUGCUCACUCCAUCAUCGACCCAGCCUCCGUCUGCCAGCAGCCCACCCACCGACUCAGAGACUCAAACUGUGUCCAACCCUGACAGAGAGAGGCAAGCAUCCUCAGCAGGACGUUCACAGGUGUGCUCUGCUCCUGCAGCCACAGCGAAACCAUCAACAGCACAGGGUCGCAGAGGUCGCAAGCCUCCUCCGUACCCACACCACGGACCCUCCGAGCACACAAAGAAAGUGAAGGAGCCCCGCAAAGCUCCUCCGUACCCUGAGAAAAGAAGGCUGCUCUCGACCACUGUGUGAGACAAUGCAGCAGGAGGGGGAGGCUGAUCGAAACAGAGCCACAUUCACAGCACCAGCCGCAUGAGUGGAAAGCGAUUUAAGGCUCGCCAAGUUGAGCUGAGACCAAGUUUCCAAGGUGACAGGACGCAAACGCAA